AUUUUUGUUCCCAGAUUAACGCACUGCUAUGCCAUACUGUUCGCACUUCCAGCGUGAGAGGCGCAGCUCAAUAGGACCUUCUUGUUGUUCAAGACGCACACAGAACACACAGUGAGAUGGCGCUGGAAGCCUACGCCUCCCAGAACGCGGGCAAAAUCCAAACUGACGUUCUCUCCCAAGCUAGACAAUCUUGCUAUAAGGCGCGUGAUGCAUUUUAUGCCUGUUUGGAGAAACAAUCAAGCAAGAAACCUAGUGAAAUUGGCUACGUGGGGCUGCUAUACCCUGUGGAAUGCAAGAAACCUAGGGAGGAGUUUGUUAAGCAAUGCAGGCCUACUUGGGUGAAGCAUUUUGAUAGGCAGUAUUGUGCUAAGAGGAGGGUUCAGAGGCUUUUGGAUGACAAUGAGUCAAGGAGAGGGGUGUAAAGCUGGGCCCCUGGGAAGAUGCAAAUGAGUUUAUUCGGGUAGCCAGGUUACUUAAUCGGUAUUUUUGCUUUCAACUGUGCAAAAGUUUCAAGUAAGAUCAAGGAGAUGUAAAAUAUGCUGAAUCAAUUAGGAUUCUCUUAGUGAAUAGCCUGUUUGUGGCAUUCUAGUGGCUAAGUUAAGUUGUCCAACUUUUAGUUUUGUUGUAUUGCUGUUUCCUCGGUACCUUGAUGGGUUGUAAUGCUACCAGACCAGUAAGGUUUUCAGGUUCUAGUUCAUGCUUUUGUUCCCUA